UUUGGCACCCUGUCCUGCAUUCGAGCGUUAUUCUACAACGGUAACUUCUGUGGGAUUGAGAACAAAGGAAUUUUAUAUCUUCUUGAUUAAUGCGGCGGUGAACCGGCGAUUAACCUAAACAUGACCGAAAAGAUGUACUACUGGGGCGAAGAGAGGGACCCGGUUGACCCGGACCAGACCUUCAUAGAGUUCAAGGCAAAAAUAACUCCGGCCGGCGAGUCUUCGCGGGCCGGACCUAGAAAAAUCACAACGUCUCCGCAAAUCAGGAGUUGCAAUGAGCCGGUUGUGGGGGUGAGUCGUGAAGAUGACGAGGAACGGGGAGGCUGGGGGAACAAACUCGACUUUUUGUUCUCGUGUAUCAGUGUGUCCGUCGGGCUGGGAAAUGUCUGGAGGUUUCCUUAUUUGUGUUACAAGAACGGCGGCGGAGCUUUUCUUGUUACUUAUGGGAUCGCCAUGGUUUUCUGUGGGAUCCCUAUUUUCUUCCAAGAAGUCGCUAUUGGACAGUACCUGGGGGCUGGGGGGAUGACACUUGUUGGACAGUUGUGUCCUAUUCUUCAAGGUGUCGGAUAUGCUACGAUGACAAUAGUCUUCUUCCUUGAUGUAUAUUACUGUAUAAUAAUAGCGUGGACACUAUUCUACCUCAUCAGCACAUUUGCUAGACUAACAAAAUUACCUUGGAGCUCAUGCGAUAAUUGGUGGAACACUGACGAUUGUUUCGACGCUUCCAAUGGCACGGAUUUGAAAAAAUUCACAGCGAGUCACUCGGUGAAUCUGAGCCAUAACGAGAGUUAUCAUCAUACUACACCCGUUGAAGAAUAUUGGGAACGAAGAGUUCUGGGAAUCACCGGAGGCAUUGAAGAAAUCGGGGGCAUGCAGUGGGAGCUUCUAGGCUGCCUGGUGAUCGGAUGGCUGCUGGUUUACUUCAUUAUCCGCCGGGGACUCCAUCAGAGCGGUAAGAUAAUCUGGUUUUCAGCAUUGUUCCCGUACGUGGUGCUUUUCAUUCUUUUGGGAAGAGCUGUCACGCUGGACGGAGCCGAAACUGGUCUUCUCUACUACGUCACUCCGCGUUGGGAGGAACUUCUUAAACCCGGGCCUUGGAUAGAUGGCGCGACUCAGAUAUUCUUCGCAUACAGUAUUGGCACUGGGGCUCUACCCGCUCUCGGUUCUUACAAUAAAUUUCAUCACAAUUGUUACAAAGAUGCACUGAUCACAUGUGUUGUUAAUACUUUGACCUGUUUACUUGGCGGGUGUGUAACUUUCUCAAUACUUGGACAUAUUGCUCUUGAACAAGGCACUGAAGUAUCUAAUGUUGUCAAAAGUGGACCCGGUUUAGUGUUUUUGACAUAUCCUGAAGUUGUUUUGAAACUUGUUGGUGCUCCUAUCUGGGCUAUCAUAUUCUUCUUUAUGUUAAUUAUCCUGGGACUAGACAGCGAAUUCUGUAUAGUAGAGUCUUUCAUCACCGGAGUGGUAGAUAAUUGGCCUGACACUUUGCGACCUCACCGUAACAAGUUCACCGUAGCGAUUUGCAUUCUAAUGUUCCUGCUGGGUAUUCCCAUGGUUACUCACGGCGGAGUGUAUAUUUUCCAACUUAUGGACUUUUAUUCCGCCAGCGGGAUGUCCAUUCUCUGGGUGUGCUUCUUCCAAACAAUAGCAAUUUCUUGGAUCUUUGGUGCACAAAAGUUUUGCGACUGUGUCCAUCAAAUGAUGGGGAUUCGGCUUAACAAGUUUUGGUACAUCUGCUGGCUGGUGUUUGCGCCGGUUAUAAUGGCUUUCAUCUUCGUCUUCCAAUGUGUCCAAUACAAGCCCCUGAAAUACGGAAGCAAAUAUGAGUAUCCGACGUGGGCCGAAGUCGUCGGAUUUUGCCUGAGUUUUUCUUCUAUGAUAUGGAUACCUGCAUACGCUAUUUAUUACGUUCUCGCCACACCUGGUUCUAUCAAAGAGAACAUCCUGAAAGGAAUAAAACCAAACAUUAAAUCGAGGACAAAACUACCAACCGGAGAAAAGUCAGCGGUGAUUCCAAUGUCUGAGAGCAGCGCGGGAUUGAUAACAAAAAACAGUAGCUUUUUAAGUCAGACAUGAUUACCAGUAUUAUAAUAUAUUUUUGUUGGUAUUAUCUAAUAACGUAGGUUAAUUAUUAACUAAAGUGUAUUUAAUAGGUCAUGUAUAGAGUAAUUGUAUAAAAUGGUACUGAGUGAUAUUUGCUGUAAGUAUUACUCCAUUUUAUUUUAAUUAAGCGUUCUUAAUUAUUUAAUUAUUUAUAGAAAAAAUUAUUAAUGUUUGGAUUCAAAGUUUUGAUGUAUAAUAAUCAGUUGGCCUAAAGCACAAAAUUUUGUCAACAUAAGUUUUAAAAUUAAUAUUUAGAGAUUAUGCUGUUGCACAUUAAUUAAUUAAUUAAUUAAUU